AUGAUGAACGACCUGAUCUCCGAGCUGGGCAGAAGGAAACGAGCGGAUUGGAAAGCAUUCAACAGCAUCGAGGAUGUAAUGAAGAAGAGGACUAAGAACAUCCGGCUCCGUACUGAUCUAUUCAACACCACCGUUCUUCUUGCAUUGACCUACGCUUCAGAAACAUGGGCGUUUCGCAAACAGGAGGAAAAUCCGAUCAGCGUCAUAGAACGCGGUUUCUUCGUGUAUUCCUUAUCUUUCAGAUUUGCUGUGCAAAUCUACGGUUGA